CGAAAUUCACCUCUAUACAAUCAUCCGCAGAGUCACAGCAACACGGAACUCUUCUCUGCUCUUCUCUCAAACGCCAAGUCUUUACUGACAUUUUGACAUGGCAACAAGAACGACCAAGCGAAAAGUUGUCGACAAGGCUCUGACCCCCGUGGAUCUGGAGGCAACAAUCCGACGGUCAUCUCGGAGCGCCCUGGCUCCGAAACGCCUCCAGUAUGCUCCAGAGGACGGCGCAGAUGAAAAACCCAUCAAGAGAGAGAAAAUCAGUCCAAAACCUGGAAGAAAGAGCAGAACGAAAAAGCCAAAGGAGCAGAAGGAUGUUGAAAACAGUGAAAACAGUGAUGUGGAGCCCCCAGCUGAUGAAUCUGGAGGACUCUCAGCCUAUGAACUGGAGAGGCUGGAGAACAUCAGACAAAACCAGGCAUUUUUGUCUUCUAUUAACCUCUUUCAGGCAACAGAUGAGCUCAACCAGGUGACCAAACCGAAGCCUUCGCACCGGGGCCUGGCGAGACCAAAAGCUACGGUUAAAGAAGUUCUUCCACCUCGAAAAUCCCUGCGUCUCCAAAAUAAAGAGGCAGAAGUGCUGACACUUCCUCCUGAGCCCAGCGGGACGUUCGUCAGUGAAAGGGUCAGUCCAGAGAAGAAGCCUGCUGGUCCUCUGCCCAUGGACCCAGUCAACAUGGAGGAUGGAGUCAAGCUGCCCUCUCAACUUCUGGAGCUCUGCUCUCAGGACCCAUCAGAAGAUAGAAAGACGAUACCUGAUCUGAAAGAGUAUUGCUCUGCAUUGAAAAACAUGAGGAUAACCGAGGCCCAAGUGGCCAAAGUGGUGAAGCACCGUAUCUUCUCUGCAGCCUUCCACCCCUGCACCAGCAGCCUGUUAGUGGCUGCAGGAGACAAGUGGGGGCAAAUCGGGCUGUGGAAUCUGGGUGGCGAUUGGGGAGAUGAUGGCGUGCUGCUGUUUGAACCCCACACCCGCCCGGUGACCUGCAUGGCGUUCUCGGUGGCUCAGCCCUCCCAGCUGCUGAGCCUCAGCUACGACGGCUCCCUGCGCUGCAUGGAUGUACAGAAGAGCGUUUUUGACGACGUCUACGACAUUGAAGAUGGUCUGAAAACCUUUGACUUCAUGUCACAUGACUGCUCCACACUUGUGGUGGGAAACUUUUUCGGAGAAGUCGCCAUCGUUGACAGACGCACCCCGGGAAACUCACACGAGUCUCUCUAUUGUCUGGACAAAACCCUGCGAUGUGUCAGCGUCCAUCCUUUACAGAAGCACUACUUCGCAGUGGCAGAAAGCAAGGUGGUCAGUAUUUAUGACAGCCGGUGCCUAAAGAAGACCAAAUGUCCGUCCAUCUCCCAGCUGCAGGGACACACUUUAAGCAUAUCCAGUGCAUAUUUCUCGCCUUGCACGGGAAACAGAGUCCUCACCACCUGUAUGGAUAACGCCAUCAGGGUCUACGAUACAUCUGCAAUGAAUACUGAAUCCCCUCUGCUCACAUCCAUCAGACAUAACAUGCACACAGGCCGCUGGCUGUCCAAGCUGUCCGCGGUGUGGGACCCCAAACGGGAAGACUGCUUCGUGGUGGGCAGCAUGAUGAUGCCCCGGAGGGUGCAGGUGUUCCACGAGAACGGGCGACCACAGCACUGCUUCAUGGACGGAGAGAACCUGAGCACGGUGCUGUCCGUCACCGCCUUCCACCCCAGCAGGAACGCUCUGAUGGGCUGCAACGCCUCAGGACGCGUGCAUGUCUUUUCCGACUGAAGUAGGACCAAAGACUGUUGACUGUUGACUUUUAGUUUGUGAGGCUGGAAAACCAAUGAAAAGAAUUUUGUCAAGCGUGGCCGUCCAGCCACCUGCAUUCUUCCCGCUCACCACGGAUCUUUCAUUCAUUAUUAAUUAUUAGUAACUUCUGUUUUCAAAGUUGGAGAAAAUAAAUCAUCGUUCUCUCCUCUUGACCAGGUGGUUGAAUUACUUACCAAUGAGUAGAGGUAUCCGAUACA